UUCAUUAUUAAAAAAGCACUACCCUGGUGCAUUAAAACUUGGAGUUUGAGUUAUUAAAAAAAAUGGAUUUCAAAUUCUUACCAUUACUUUUCCUCCUGAUUACCCUCUCAUCGGCUCAUCAAAUAAGAUUAUUUAAUAACUGCCCAUUCACCGUGUGGCCAGGAAUUCAGGGUAAUCCUGGAAAGGCUCAUCUCGAAGGCGGUGGAUUUCAAUUGAAUUCACGUGCUGCCCGUGUAAUUCGUACGCCAAAUAAUUGGGCAGGCAGAGUUUGGGGCAGGACCACAUGCGAUGGUCGAGGUAUUUGUCAGACUGGUGGUUGUGGUAAUAGAAUCCAAUGCAAUGGUGCUGGUGGUGUACCACCGGUCACUCUCGCUGAGAUGACAUUCAGUGGAGCUGGAGGUCUUGAUUUCUACGAUAUUUCCCUCGUCGACGGUUACAAUUUACCUUUGAGAAUGGUACCAACUGGAGGAUUCCGACUAUCUGGUGGUGGAAGAUACGACUGUAAAGCUGCUGGUUGUCAUGCUGAUCUGAAUGCCAGGUGUCCCAACGAAUUAGCCGUUAGAUCAGGACGAUCGACUGUUGCUUGCAAAAGUGCAUGUCUUGCGUUCAAUACUGAUCAAUAUUGUUGUCGAGGAGCUUUUAAUACACCACGAACUUGCAGGAGUCAAAAUUGGCCAAGAAAUUAUCCUGCUAUCUUCAAGAGUGCCUGCCCGGAUGCCUACAGUUACGCCUACGAUGAUCAAACAAGCACCUUUACCUGUCGACCUAGUCCAGCUACCAAUUAUGACAUCAUCUUCUGCCCCUAAAAAAUUAAUAAUUUUUAUCAAAAUUACAGCAUUCAAAUUUUCGAUUUUUUAAUUUUGUUAUAUUCGAAAUCUUGUUUCUCCGUUUCAAUUCUACUUGGUUAGUUCUUUCCAUUCACCAAUUUUUUUUAAAUACAUUACGAACCUGGUGAAAUAAAUUCUAAAUAGCAGAAUUAUUUAUUACCUAAUA